AUGCUGCUGUACACAGGCUAUUGGAUUACUUUCCGCUGCGACACCAGAGGAGUGCUCCCGAUGUUCCUGGACAGCGGAGUCCGGGGGCAACAAGUCGAGCCUGACAAGGACAUCUUCACGUCCUCUGGGGAGCUGAUGAAAGGGCGAUCACACCACCGAGAGGAGGGCGUCGAAGUGACUGAAAGGAUGCCUAGUGUCUUUCGAGGAGGACAAAUAGACAGCGUGGAACAAAAGCUUCUUGUUGGUGCGACAGACAACCUGGUUGCCGAGAGUGAGAAGCCUUUGUCGACCCCUUUGCCGACGAAAAACGACACCGCGGCUCUUUGGAUCACGCGGCCGUUGAACGACACAAUUUUGCCCUUGGGGGACAUUUUCCUGACUUUCGAAACGCACGGAUUUACGCCAGCCGUGGAGACUCCAAUCGAGGUGCUCAUGCCUCAAAACGGAGACACACCGUUCCUCCUGGAGAAAGGCAACUCUAUGAUCCUGUCUUCGGAUAUGCCGUGCACUCAACAAGUCACGUUGUACGCAACCGUUAGGGGGGAACGCGUAUCGGCGUCAGUUCUGUUUUCCACGGUUCUGGGCAGAGAAGCGAUACUGUCGGCCAGGACACCGUUGCCGUCUGGUGCUGCGUGGGGUCGUCCGCGUUUGAUGGUAUGCCCUCCCCUAGUACGCGAACACGAGGAGGGCUAUAAUUCUGCCAGCUUACCCAAGGGCGACACGAGUACCUGGCAGACGCAUGAGGGUGGGACGGGCGUGAUGGUUGGAAAAGGAGGGGUCUAUUGUAGUAGUGGAAGUGCAGAAUCACAGGGAUGCGAUUCCGGCGAGGAGACGACCGAGGGGCUUCCGCGUCCGAUAUCCCUCGUGUUUGUGGGGUCCUUGAGUCUAGACGGUCAAAAACACGUCUGGCUGCAGCAGCUGGAACAGUUUUCUCGGGUGCGAUUUGCUCCAAAAUUUUUGACGUUCGAAGAACAAGAGGGGAGAAACGGCAGCACCGCAGGCGCUUGGAAGAGCAACGCUGCCGAGAGUUUCAAGCAAAGACUGAGUCGUGCCGGCGUCCCGCUGGUCACGGUACGGUUGCCGCAAGUUAACUCGAGUUGGAUACACGAUAGUAUUGGCGGGCAAGUAGCGCCUACCCACACUCUCAAAGAGAUGGCCUUCAAGGCUGUGCUCGAGAGCAUCCAUCGUGCGGGGGGCAAUCCGCAUCUGAUGAGCCCUCCGUGGACCGGAGAAAUUUUCCAACACAUCGCGGAUGCGGUCGAGAGCGCCUCUCCAGACGUGCUGGUCAUCGCCAAUGGGAAAACGUUGGGGGACGAUCUCCUUACGAAAGCCGCUCGAUGGGCAAUGCGCGACAACAGCGGCUUCAAGAUUGUGAUGGACUUCCCAAACAUUGGACCCGCACUGGGUGUAGAUGUUGAUGUGAUAGCCACACCGUCGCACUACGUGGCCCGGCAUCGGGACACCAAAGCUCUGGCCGCCGCGGCCGGGGCAGAGGUGGUGGUCAUUCCUCCCGGGGUUCCGGUAGCGCCUACCCUAUCACAGGCGAAGAACCUCCUUGCUGACGAAUUGCUGUCUCUCGACAGAACGUCGGGAGAGCUGCGCCGUGAACGUGUCUGCGACAGCGGUAUGCUGAACAAACUCGGGUGUUGUGAUCCAGCCUGCCACGUGGUCGGCUUUGCAGGCCGUUUAGCCCCCGAGAAGGGCCCUGGUCUGUUCAUGGUCGUUGCUGAGGCCGUCGCAAAGCUGAUCCCUUCUGCUGUUUUCGUCGUCGUGGGAGACGGCCCCCUCAGAACCUCGUUGGAAGCAGCGGCUGAGAGAAUGGGGAUGGCGAGCCGAAUGCACUUCGCGGGCUGGGCCGACGAGGGCGACCUCGAGCGCCUCCUGGCCGGAAUGACCCUCCUCUUCAACCCCAGCCUGUCGCAAUCGGAGACGUUCUCCAUCGUCAACGUCCAGGCGAUGUCGGUCGGGACCCCCGUGGCCGCGUUCGGCAUCGGUGGGAUGCUAGAGUACGGCAACUUGGCGCUCUUGGACGACACCGACCCCGGCGCGAUCUCGACGGCGAUGGCGGGUCUCCUGCUCGAUCGCCCACGCCUCGAGGCCUUGGCCAAGAGGGGUAGGGUACACGUUUCGUCCGCCUUUAGGGCGGACGUUGCGUUGGAUCGCUGGGCCGAACUGUACCAGAGUCUAGGUGGAGGGAUGAUGUGCAGCGACUAG